AACGGUGUCCAAUUCUGUAGCCAUCUUUUUCAGUUUUCCUUUUUCCCUUCCGAAUCGGUGACUGCCAGAGAGAUUUAUACAAUACAAGAGUGCUAAUAAUUUAUAUUCUUUCGAAAUCAAAGAUCGAAGGAGGCUCUCUACCACAUUCAUAGAAAUCAAAGUAUAUGCUUAAGAUUAAUUUUCUUGUAAAUUGGAGUAGACAAUACAACGGAAGAGAAGAUUAAGUAAUAGCAAUGCAGAAGGAGCAUAAUACUUCCAGUGCACCAUCGACACCUAGAAUUCGCCAUCGUAAGCGUUCAAGUGAUAUUCCUCAUGAGAUAAACAAAUUGAAUGGAGAGCAUUUACUCAUUAAUGACCAAAAUAAAUACAAAUCAAUGUGGAUUCGAGCACAUUCGUCUUUAUGGAUGCUUGGAGGCUUUCUGUUGAUUCUUUACUUGGGGCAUAUUUACAUUUGGGCUGCUGUAGUUGUGAUCCAAAUUUUUAUGACACAGGAGCUCUUCAAUCUACUCAGAAGAGCUCACGAGGAUAGGCGCCUUCCUGGGUUUAGGCUUUUGAAUUGGUAUUUCUUUUUCACAGCAAUGCUUUUCGUCUAUGGCCGCAUCAUCAGUCAACGACUUGUGAACAUUGUAUCUUCAGAUAAAUACUUCUAUAGGAUUGUGAGUGGUAUAGUGAAGUAUCAGAUGGCCAUUUGCUACUUCUUGUACAUUGCAGGUUUUGUGUGGUUCAUUCUUACACUGAAGAAGAAGAUGUACAAGUAUCAAUUUGGUCAAUAUGCUUGGACGCACAUGAUUCUCAUUGUAGUGUUUACUCAGUCUGCUUUUACUGUAGCCAACAUUUUCGAAGGGAUCUUUUGGUUUCUUCUCCCAGCAUCGCUCAUUGCCAUCAAUGAUGUUGCUGCUUAUUUCUUUGGUUUCUUUUUUGGGAAAACGCCUUUGAUAAAGUUAUCUCCAAAGAAAACAUGGGAGGGUUUUAUUGGAGCAUCAGUUGCAACUAUGAUCUCAGCCUUUGUGUUAGCAAACAUCUUGGGACGUUUCCAGUGGCUGACGUGUCCAAGAAAGGACUUAUCAACAGGGUGGCUUCAGUGUGAUCCUGGCCCACUAUUUAAACCAGAGUAUUAUUCCUUACCAGGAUGGAUGUCUAAUUGGUUUCCCAGGAAAGAGAUAUCAAUUUUGCCGGUGCAAUGGCAUGCUUUGUGCUUGGGUUUAUUUGCAUCGAUAAUUGCACCUUUUGGAGGCUUUUUCGCUAGUGGCUUCAAGAGAGCUUUUAAGAUCAAGGAUUUUGGGGAUAGCAUACCCGGACAUGGUGGAUUUACCGAUAGAAUGGACUGUCAAAUGAUAAUGGCCGUUUUCGCAUACAUAUAUCAUCAGUCAUUUGUUAUUCCACGAGACUAUUCAGUUGAGAUGAUUUUGGACCAGAUAAUGGCAAGCCUUACAUUGGAGGAGCAGCAAAUAUUGUUUAGGAAACUGGGGCAGAUAUUCCAAGAGAGACAAUUAAGGCUACAUUGAAGUUUUGUAGAUGUUUGCUUGUUUGUUUAUUAUCCAGGUUUUGCUUAAAACAGGUGAUUGGAAGAGGAAGGUUUAUGUAAAGUGCAUCUCUCUUCUUCAAUUUUGAUUAUUUUUGUUUGUUACUGAGAGAUUAUUUCAUGUAUGUAACCUGCAUAUCAGUUGGCUCAGCUUGAAAUUGUUUCCUUUUUAGGAAGUUCAAAUUUGAAUUCUUUGGAUUAUAAGAGUUUUUACCAAAUUGGUGAGCCAACUCUGUUGUGUUAUCCUUAAUAUUCUUUCGGUCCAUUGAGUUGUUUAAUGAAUUUGAAAAAAGAAAAAGCACAUUGCAGUUGUGUAUUAA